GCCAGCUGGAGCAGGGCUAAUUGUCUAGACACUCUCUAUCACCAAGGAAGAAAUAGAGGCACUUCAGGAGUGAUUAAUCCCAUCCUAAAAUAGAUAUCUAAGCUGGGAUGAAUUGGAAGAAGCUUCUUCCUCCACCAAAUAGCAGAAGAGCCCUGACAGCUGGUUAGACACAGGAACUGGGGACAGAAUCAUAUCCUGCUCUCCUUGAAGGGACUGGUAAUAUUCCAGUCCACACCAAGUGGGCUAAACCCCAAGGCUUUCUCCCAUCACCACCACAUCUCAUCAGAGGUAGCUGUGGUGCUUGUGAGGGUCCCCAGGACAAGCUUGGAAAUCUGACAAAUUUUUUAAAAAGGAAGGCACUUGCAAAAUACACCUUUCUCCUCAAGGUUCCUGAUAUUCCCUCUCUGGAUGGACAGUCCCAGUGUAAGAGAACAGACUCAGAAACAGACACCAGUGUCAAUUAAAAAAGGCAACAUGAAGGAGCCUGAGAAGCCACGUGCAGAGGACAAAUUCUGCUGCAUUUCCAAGCUGAAGGUAUUUCUGCUGGCACUGUCACUUGCCUUCCUUGGGAAAACCAUGUCUGGUGCUUACAUGAACAGCAUGUACACACAGAUAGAGAAACAAUUUAAUAUCCCGGCUUCUUUAGUGGGCAUCAUUAAUGGAAGCUUUGAAAUUGGUAACUUGCUGCUGAUAGCAUUUGUGAGUUACUUUGGAGCAAAGCUUCACAGACCCAGAAUAAUUGCUUUGGGCUGCACAGUUCUGUCCUUUGGAUGUCUUUUGAUAUCACUUCCUCAUUUUCUGUUUGGGAGGUAUCACAUUGAAAGCAGCAUUUCACAACGGGAAAAUGUUUCAGUGAUGCCUCUGUGCCUUGUUAAUCACAACUUGUCCUCUUUGCCUACAGAGGAACCAUCAACAGAAUGUGAACAAGAGCCUGGGUCCCUGCUGUGGAUUUUUGUGAUGGUUGGAAACAUCGUGAGAGGGAUGGGGGAAACUCCCAUCAUGCCUUUGGGAAUUUCCUAUUUGGAGGAUUUUGCCAAAGCAGAGAAUUCACCUUUCUACCUGGCAUGUCUACAUACAGCAACUGUAAUUGGCCCCUUCCUUGGUUUGUUGUUGGCUUCAUUCUGUGCAGAGCUGUUUGUUGACAUUGGAUCAGUAGGUGCAGAUGAGAUAACUAUAGCAGCCACAGAUGCCCGCUGGGUUGGGGCCUGGUGGCUAGGCAUUUUGAUCUGUGCGCUGCUCAAUCUGCUGGUGGCAAUUCCAUUCUGGUUCUUGCCCAAGUCCUUGGUGAAGGAAGGUGAAACCAAUGAACCUGAGGAGACACGUGAAAAAACUGCAACACCAUUGCAAGAAAAUGAUAAGAAUGAAGCCAAGCAGACCAUGUAUGAAAUUGCUAAAGAUUUCAUCCCCUUCCUCAAGGCUCUGUUCCACAACCCUGUGUAUAUGUUAUUUAUAUGCAUAACUGUGCUACAGUUCAGUGCCUUUGAUGGCAUGAUAUCCUUCAUGCCCAAGUAUCUGGAACAGCAGUUUGGGAAAUCUGCAUCAGAUGCCAUCUUUUUGAUUGGUGUUUACAACUUGCCAGUUCUAUGCGUUGGGUAUUUUUCUGGAGGCUUGUUCAUGAAGAAAUUCAAGAUAAAUAUCUAUCAGGCUGCGAGCAUAGCAUUUUGGGUAUCUUUACUGGAAUACCUUCUCUACUUUGCUGCCUAUUGGACUGUCUGUGAUACCUCACCAGUUGCUGGUCUAACAGUUUCCUAUCAAGGAAUAGAACAAGUUUCAUAUGCAGAAAAUACUCUCCUGGCUGGCUGCAACAUGGAUUGUGAUUGCCCACUUAAAAUCUGGGACCCAGUUUGUGGGAGCAAUGGGAUCACUUAUGUGUCACCUUGUCUUGCUGGAUGUAAAUCUUCAAGAGGAACUGGAAGGAGUUUGGUAUUUGAAAACUGCACCUGUGUUGCAGCCUCAGGGUUUUCAUCUCAAAACAUCUCUGCAACUCUGGGCCACUGUGAUGGACAUGAAAGCUGUGACAAGAUGCUCCAUUAUUUUUUAAUCCUGACAUUAGUCUGCAGCUUCAUUUUUUCCUUAGCAGCCAUGCCUGGAUACAUGGUCUUAAUGAGGUCUCUAAAGCCUGAAGAGAAGUCAUUUGGAGUGGGUAUCCAUGGGCUGGCUUCAAGAGUGUUUGCUGGAAUUCCAUCUCCCAUUUAUUUUGGAGCUUUGAUAGACACCACUUGCUUGAAGUGGGGUACCAUGACUUGUGGUGGAGAAGGAGCGUGUAGGAUGUAUGAUGUUGUCACAUACAGGUGGCUCUAUCUUGGCCUACCAGCAGUGUUACGUGGAGUGUCCUACAUCCCAAGCACACUUGUUCUGCUCAUUUUAAAGAAGCAACUGAAAUCUGAAAAGCCAGUCUUAUUAAAUGAACCAAUAGAAAUGCAGGAUAAAGGACAAGAAGCAGUGAAAUAGCAUUUCAUAGAAGGACAUGUUCGGAAAAAAAACAUUGCAGUGUAAAUAUUGGGUAUAUCCUUGUGAAAAAUUUUGUACUUUCAGUAAGGAACACUUGGACAGAGAUUACUAGAAUUACACAUAGUUCUAUCCUACUUACAUUAUAAAAAUAUCAAUUUAUAAACACAAGGCAUGGGAAAAAUAUGUUUGGUGCAAAAGAGCAAGGGGUAGAAAAAAGAAAACUUAUGAAGUGCCAGGUUUGAGUUGUCUGAGCAAAGGGCCCUGGAGCAGGAACAUAUCUGUUCAGUGCUGUUUCACUGAAAAUAGAGAGAAUUUUGCAUUUGACUCCAAGUGAUGCCAGAUUUCAUCUAGGAAUUCUUACAUGGUUUCUGUCAGAGUGUCACUGAUUGUAGACAGCAUUUGUGGCUUCUUUGGGCCCCAGUUUUCCACAAACUUAUUUAAUGAUAUUAUCAGUCCUUUCAGGCAGGGAUUAUUUGUUAUUCUGCAUAGUAUAGGUGGUCAAUAUAUUGGUUUAUGAUAUGGUCUGGGUGUUGUGGUAAUAACAAUAAAUUUUUAAAAAUACAUUUUUAAAAA